AUGGAUCGACAAGCUGUGUUAGAAUUAAUUGCCAAACGGGACGCCAUCGACAGCGAAAUCGAUGCCCUCCGAGACGUCUUGCGCUCACAAAAGGUGGGGAUGCAAGAACCAUUGGUGGACAGCGAAGGGUUCCCGCGCAAUGACAUUGACGUCCCGCAAAUUCGAGAAACCAGAGUCAGCAUUAUCCGUCUCGAGAACGACCACAAACAACUGUCGGAGCAAAUCAAAAAAGGCAUCGAACAGGUGCUCAAGGUAGAUGAGUCGGCCGGUUCGAUCUCUAAGCCGUCUAUUGAGGAAUUGCCUUUUGCCUAUAUAAAUACAGUGUCCCCAGGGUCAGCCGCGGAGGCGGCAGGAUUAAAAGCAGGAGACGAGCUUUUGCGAUUUGGAAAAGUACACCACGGCAACCACAAUGGCCUUAUGGCGCUUGCAAACGAAUUGAAUGGAGAAACAAACCUUGUCGUUGCCCGCAACGGCGAGCGAAUCGAGCUGGUCGUGCAUGGUGAGCGGCUUGGGUGCCAGAUCCUGCCUCUCUAG